AUGAGUGAGUCAGAUCAGAAAAGAAAAAGAGCUGGCUCUUUACGUACACAGAUGUUUAAUAAACAUCUAUAUGAUAAAUUUACAGGCAAAAACUCUUCUGAGACGAUAGAAAAUAUAGAACUAGAGGAUAUUACUGAAGGAAACGAAGAAGAUAAUGAAGAUAUGAAUGAAGCGAACAAUGAAGAAGAUUCAGAUUCUAGUAACAACUCUUAUACUUUUCCAAAUGAGAGGUUAAGCUUCGUGACAAAAAUGCUAGAUGUUAUACUCGACAGACCGAGAGUGCUACGAUCAAAAGAUGGGAGACAUAUACCUAUUUCUUUAGACCAUAACGUGGCUCAAUUCAAAAAAUAUACGGUGUCCAAAAAUAAUAAGCGUGAAAUGGAUCGUCUCGUUGACGAAAGAACACAAUCCUUUUACUGUCCUAACACGAUAAGGUCGUCAAGAUACACAAUAUAUUCCUUUUUCCCAAAACAAUUAUAUGCACAAUUCUCGAAACUAGCAAAUGUCUAUUUUUUUUUGGUUGCAAUACUACAAAUGAUCCCAGGUUGGUCAACGACAGGUACAUAUACAACUAUUGUUCCAUUGUGUAUAUUUAUGGGCAUAUCAAUGGCAAGAGAAGCAUGGGAUGAUUUCCGAAGACAUCGUCUUGAUAAAGAAGAAAAUAACAAGCCAUGCAAAUUACUUACGAAGUAUAACAACCAUAAUGAAGGAAAUAGCAAUUUUGCUGUAAUACCGAGUGUGGCUAAUGAUCCCAAUGAUAUUUCUUUUACUAAUCCGAAAGCAAAUACACCCGAACUGCCGACAAGGCUAAAUGAAAGCCCGUCUUUGAAUACUAGAUUCAACAAUUUUGAUUUACUGAACUCGAAUCAUAAUGUACAUAUCAAUAAGAGUGCGUGGAAAGAUUUACAUGUAGGCGAUUUCAUUCUCCUGAAUUGUGGUGACUGUGUGCCGGCAGAUGUUAUUCUCCUGACAAGUGAUGGUGAUAAUAGUGAAUGUUUUGUUGAGACAAUGGCCUUAGAUGGUGAAACAAAUUUAAAAGCAAAACAGCCACAUCCGGAAUUAAAUAAAUUGACAUCAUCGGCAUCUGGUUUGGCUAAUGUAAACGCAUUAGUCACCGUGGAAGAUCCAAAUAAUGAUUUAUAUAAUUUUGAAGGGAAUAUAGAGUUGACCACUUCGCAGAAUAACACUCUUAUGAAGUACCCGGUAGGCCCAGAUAAUGUUGUCUAUCGUGGGAGUAUCAUUAGGAAUACCGAAAAUGUUAUCGGGAUGGUAAUUUUUACAGGUGAAGAAACAAAAAUAAGAAUGAACGCAUUAAAAAAUCCUAGGACCAAGGCUCCAAAAUUGCAGAAGAAGAUUAAUCUAAUUAUUGCAUUUAUGGUGUUUGUGGUCGCAACAAUUUCCUUUUUUUCCUUUUUCGGGCAUGUCCUUAACAACAGAAAGUAUAUCGACAACAAUCAAGCCUGGUAUUUACGUAAUCAAGACGUAGGAGUCGCCCCAUCGAUAAUGGCGUUUAUUAUUAUGUAUAAUACGAUGAUUCCCCUAUCCUUAUAUGUUACGAUGGAAAUUAUCAAAGUUAUGCAGAGCAAAAUGAUGGAAUGGGAUAUCGAUAUGUACCAUGCAGAAACUGACACACCUUGUGAAUCAAGAACUGCAACCAUUUUGGAAGAAUUGGGACAAGUUUCUUAUAUAUUUAGCGAUAAAACUGGGACUCUAACAGAUAAUAAAAUGUUGUUUAGAAAAUUUUCAAUUUGUGGAUCUUCGUGGUUACACAAUGUCGAUGCGGUUGAUUUAUCCUUAAGACAACAAUUGUCCCAUACAAGUACAGAUAUAGAUGUUGUAUCUGUUGAUGAUAGGAACUUAUUGGCAAAAUUUGGAGAAACAACCGCGGAUGGUUACAAUAAUAAUGAUAAUAAAGAAUUUCUAGGGAAUGCUAGGAACACGGGCAGCCGUAUAUCCAUCGAAUAUAAAGGAAACUCGUCAGCAAUAUACACAGGCAGACCAAGUAUGAAAUCAUUAUAUGGCCCAGCAAAGCGAGUAAUUAGCUCUGAUUCGACUGCAAAUUCUACAGGGAGCAGCACUAUGCCAACUAAAAUCAAGACUUCUUUUGAUUUGAUCAAUCACAUUCAAACCUAUCCGGAUACAUUAUUCUCUAAGAAAGCGAAAUUUUUUAUUCUUUCUUUAGCACUAUGUCAUAGUUGUUUACCUAAGAAAUCGGAUGAUAUUUCAAUUGAAAAUGAAAAAAUAAGUAUAGAAUAUCAAUCUUCUUCACCAGAUGAACUAGCAUUAGUGACAGCUGCCAGAGAUUUAGGUUACGUUGUCCUGAAUAGGAACGCAAAUAUAUUGACAAUUAGGGCAUAUCCAAAUGGGUUUGCGAAUGCACCACAGUUAGAAGAUUAUGAAAUAUUGAAUUAUAUUGAUUUCAAUUCCGAUAGGAAAAGAAUGUCUGUCUUAGUUAGGAUGGCAUCUGAACCAAAUAAAGUUUUGUUAAUUUGUAAAGGUGCGGAUAAUGUGAUUUUAGAACGGUUGCAAGAUCGAGAAAUUGCGUUCCAAAAGAUGGAGGACAUAAAUGAAACUGCAAAGGAACGUAAGGAAUCUGAGGCAGCUGUAGUUAUCCAACAAAGAAAAUCAUUGGAACGGAUGGCAUAUAAUGAUAUGCCAAGGACUUCAUUGAGAGGUUCUAUAUCUGCUAAUGCGAAAUCAAGUUUAACUUUACAGGCUAUGCGGAAUAGUAUAUCAUCUUUAAGUAAUCGAAAUGGGAAUAGGAAGGAUCCUGAAAUGCAAAUCGAUUCUAUUGAUCAAUUUUUAGAUACAAUGAAAAGGACAGAUAAUGAAAUUGAUGAAGUUGUUUAUAAAAGUAGGAAAUCAUUACAUUAUCAGCAAUUGGAGAAAUAUGGGCCCCGACUUUCACUUUCUAGAAACGCCGAACUGGGGAAUGGUAUUAAUGGAAGCUCUUCUAAUCAUUUGGAACCACCCACCAACGCCAAGAAAGUAAUGGAUGCAACGGAUAUUUUUGAAUAUAUUGGUAAUGAUGAUUUGUUAUCUAAUGAAGAAUAUAUCAUAGAAAAGACUAUCCAAGCCAUUGAUGAAUUUUCCAUGGAAGGAUUAAGAACAUUAUUAUUUGCAUACAAGUGGAUUGAUAAUGAAGAUUAUCAAGAAUGGGAAGCGGAAUAUCAUGAAGCCAAGACAUCUUUAUUGAAUCGUAAAUCAAAAAUUGAUGAAGUUGGAGGAAAAAUCGAAGAAAAUUUAACGCUACUUGGAGCUACUGCUAUUGAAGAUAAAUUACAGGAGGGUGUUUCAGAAGCUAUCGAGAAGAUUAGAAGGGCAGGGAUUAAGAUGUGGAUGUUGACAGGUGAUAAAAGAGAAACAGCCAUUAAUAUUGGAUAUUCUUGUAAAUUAAUUUAUGAUUAUUCAACUGUUGUUAUUUUAGCCACAAGUGAUGACAAUAUCAUAUCUAAAAUGAAUGCAAUUUCACAGGAAGUAGACUCAGGGAAUGUAGCUCAUUGUGUCAUUAUCAUUGAUGGAGCAACGUUGGCAAUGUUUGAAAGUAAUCCAACUCUAAUGUCAGUUUUUAUUGAACUUUGUACAAAGACUGAUUCAGUGAUCUGUUGUCGAGCAUCUCCAUCUCAAAAGGCUUUAAUGGUAUCGAAUAUUAGGAACACAGACAAAAGUUUAGUCACAUUAGCUAUUGGUGAUGGUGCUAACGAUAUUGCUAUGAUUCAAUCAGCCGAUAUUGGUGUUGGUAUUGCUGGUAAAGAAGGUUUACAAGCGUCAAGAUCAUCUGAUUAUUCAAUUGGGCAAUUUCGAUUCUUAUCAAAAUUAUUAUUGGUUCAUGGGCGUUAUAAUUAUAUUCGUACAGCGAAGUUCAUUUUAUGCACAUUUUACAAAGAAAUUACUUUUUAUUUGACACAAUUAAUUUAUCAACGUUACACGAUGUUUUCUGGGUCAUCCCUUUAUGAGCCAUGGUCAUUAUCCAUGUUCAAUACAUUAUUUACAUCUUUACCUGUGCUAUGUAUUGGGAUGUUUGAAAAGGACUUGAAGCCGAUGACUUUGUUAGCUGUACCAGAAUUAUAUUCCAUGGGUAGAUUAUCAGAAGGAUUCAAUUUAAUGAUAUUUAUUGAAUGGGUCAUUCAAGGAACCGCAUAUGCAAUAUUAAUUACAUUUCUUAAUUGUAUCAUAUGGGGUGAAACUGCGUUAUCUGAUCAUACGAUGUAUCCACUGGGGUUAGUAAAUUUCACAGCGAUUGUUGCUUUAGUGAAUGUUAAAUGUCAAUUUAUAGAGAUGAAAAAUCGUAAUUGGUUAGUAUUUGUUUCAGUGAUAUUAUCAUGUGGUGGUUGGUUAGUUUGGAUUUGUGCGUUACCUAUUCUUAAUAGGAAGGAUACCAUAUAUGAUGUUCCAUAUGGAUUUUAUUAUCAAUUUGGUAAAGAUAUAACAUUUUGGUGUACUUGUUUGGUAUUGGCGCUAUUACCCAUUUCACUUGAUAUUGUUUAUCAAACCCUUAAGACGAUGUUAUGGCCUACAGAUUCUGCUAUUUUCACAGUUUUGGAACAAAAGAGUCAAAUUAGAAAGAAAUUGGAAUUAGGUGCAUAUACUGAAAUGAAACAAGGAUGGACAUGGGAACAUGAUCCAAAUGCGUUUGAAAGGUAUAAGGAUAAGAUGAUGUCAUCUCGUGGUAGAUCAACAUCUCAUGUAAAUGAAGCAGAUAGGAAUAAUGUUGAUGAUAAUUUGACACUUGAUGUGGAAUCUAUUGAGAUGAAACCAAGGACAAGGACAACAACUUUUACUAGUACUAAUAGUGAUUCUAAAUAUAAUAAUGAAGAAUAUGAAGUUUUACCUAGUGGUAAAUUAAUUAAGAGAGAGGAAAUGUUAGAAAAUAAAUCGAGUAAUAAUGAAUCGACGCCUAAUAUUGCAACAAAGAUUACUAAGAAAUUGAAAUUCAAUUUGAAUACGGAAACAGAUGAAGAUGUCAAUGAGAUUAUCCAGCAAAGAAUGGAAGACUUGGAAUAG